ACACUUGACAAAUCUCAAAUCGGUUGCGAAGCUGCCUGCAUCAUCCGCCAGCCGAGCCAGGAACCGACAAGCAGAACCGGAGGAAAAAAUGGCGUUCACAUUCGCGGCCUUUUGUUAUAUGCUCGCUCUGCUGCUCACGGCGGCGCUUAUCUUCUUCGCUAUCUGGCAUAUAAUAGCAUUUGAUGAGCUGAAGACUGACUACAAGAAUCCUAUAGAUCAGUGUAACACUUUAAAUCCGCUGGUGCUCCCAGAGUAUCUCAUCCAUUUCUUCUUCUGUGUGAUGUUCUUCUGUGCAGCUGAGUGGCUCACCCUCUGUCUCAACCUACCACUGCUGGCCUAUCAUGUCUGGAGGUAUAUGAGCAGGCCUGUGAUGAGCUGUCCAGGACUCUACGACCCGACAACCAUCAUGAACGCUGACAUCCUGGCGUACUGUCAAAAAGAAGGCUGGUGCAAACUGGCUUUCUAUCUCCUGUCGUUCUUCUACUAUCUCUAUGGGAUGAUCUAUGUUUUGGUGAGCUCUUAAACCGGACGAUGAAGGAAAAGGACCUGCAUGUACAGUAGACGACCAGACACUAUAAUCUUAGUGCUGGAACACUGGACCUGCUGGAGACCACCGUUCAGCAACGCAAGAUGCCAUUUCAAGCGGACGAACUCUCGAACCCCUACACACAGCGCAGAGUGUCAUUUCGGAAACAUUUAGCCCGUUUUCAGAGAAUAUCUUGGUCGCAGCGUUCUUUUCAUAACACUAUAGUUUCAAUUUUAUGGAAAAUAAGGACAGACCUGAACGGACACGAUUUCUUUUUCUUUCCUUUUUUUUAUUUUUAAUGGUGUGGUGAUUUUUGAUGCUUGGGAUUUAAAUAAAGUUUUUUUUUUUUUUUCCAUCUUGGUUCCCAACCUUUGAGUGUUUACAAUUUAGGCGACAUCAGUUUCAGGUGUGCAUUUAUCUGUGAGAAUCUAAGAUGUGUGCUGAGUUGCAUUAGCUUUUUCUGCAAAUUAGAUUCUGGGCUUUAACAGCUAAUUUAUACCUGUCACGUGAUUCAUUACCAUCACUAAAAACAACUAGCAAAGUGCAAACCAGACUUCUGUUCUUGCCCACAGAUACAUUAAGGUUCUUAAAAUGAAUAUUUUAGGACCUGACAGUACAUUUAUGUACAGUGAGGGCUGAGGUGCAUGGGUUAUUAUCACUUAGUGAAACGUGUUGCACAGGGACAAUCAUAGUCUGGUUGUCACAACAUCAGUUUUCAAACUGUCUGAUGUAUCGUUUCCAUACUUCAGACCAAUCUAUCACAUUUAAUUCAUGUAAUCCCUGUUGAAAUAAAUGGCAAUAUUUGUUUUCUUCAGUGUGAAUUCAGAGUAGAAAGCAAACGUGUAUGUGACCUGUGUUUCUGUAGAAUCGCCUUUGCAAAGCUAUCGAUAAAUUAAAAAGGUAGACUCAACAGUACAAGAAUAAUGUCAGCAUUAGGAGGCAACAGUUACUUUGUGAUUCUCUGCUUUCUGCGUUUGAGCUUUGGUAGGAAACUGCUGAUGUGCCAUACUGUUGAAUGUACCUUUUCAAAUUCCUUGACUGUUUUUGUCAUUUGUGCAUUUUGUUCAUUUCAGCAACAAAAUAUUCCACAACCUUAGAAAACUCCUGUUUAUUUAUUCAAUGUUCUCAAUUUUACUUUUUAUGUCCCAGCGAUAUCAAACACUCCUCACACGGUCGCUCGUUUCCAGAAUCAAAAUCUGGGAAGUGAUGUUUUUGUUUUAGAGUCAAGGCCAUUAGACUUAAUUCCUCCAGAAAUACUAGAGUAUUUAUUGCCAUUUUCAAAUGUGUAAAUUUAUCAGGGAUGGUCAUCCGUCACAUGAAAUUACAUUUUUAUGUAUUAGAUCCCAUUGUGUCACAUCUAGGAAAUGACAAGUUUUUGAGUUUAUUUGAAUCUAAAUAAAACUAUCCCACUCUUAA